ACAGCCAAAACAAUCCCAAAAAAAGUUUUUUUCACACAUCUGUCGGGAAAUUUAACUCAAAAAAUGGCUCAGAGUGCUGCUACGUUGGAGAAAAAGCUUCAAAGCGAAUUGGAUGCCCUCAAAAAUACACAAAAAGACACACCCACGCUCCGUACUUUUCCUAAAACUCCAAUUUACAUCUACGAGGAUCACAAUGAGGUGCUGGAACCGAUUUACAAUUGUCUCAAAAGUCGUCAUCUACCGUUUACGGGUAAUUUUCUCAUCCAUUUCGACUCGCAUCCGGACCUUUGUCGACCGGAACAUAUGCCCGCCUGCUUUGUUUUCGACAAAACUUUGUUGUUAGAAGCUGUGAACAUCGAAAAUUGGAUUUUGCCGCCAAUUUAUGGGGGGCACAUUGAUCAUGUCGUAUGGGUAAAGCCUCCGUGGGCGCAACAAAUCCCCUCCGGAAGUUACAAUUUCGAAAUUGGCGAAUACGACAAAGAAAUUUACGUUCAUGCCAUGCUGGAUUAUUACAUUUCUGAAGGAUCUUAUUGUCGAUCUGAGGAUUUAAAGAACAAAAAGACCUGGAAAUUGGAGAGUGUCGAUGGAAAAGACACUUUAAACGAAGGAACUUUGGAGAAAACUGCUUUUCCAUACAUUUUGGAUAUCGAUUUGGAUUAUUUUAGUACCGUAAAUCCAUUUUUGGACAUUUAUUCCAAAGCAAAUACCUACGAAAGGUUGAAACAAAUUUAUAUUUCCCCAAAAACCUUUAAAAUCGGAGAUGAAGAGUCCGUUAUUGAAUUCACGAAAAGUCGUCGAGCCCACCUAAAAUACCUCGAAUCUGUCUUUAAAGCACUCGAAGUCGAUCCAGAUGUCGAAAAAUUGGAAAAUCAUCCAACAAACCCCCAAAUAACGGAAUUGCUCAAGAGUUUACUGGUCGAUCUUCAACGUCAUUACGACAAAAAUGAAUUAGAUUACGAAAUAAUUCAUAAUGCUGGAUGCACUUGUGAUACAAUCGAACUUCCGCAUCACAUUAGCUCGAAAACGGAAAUCACAGAAAUGGUUUCCGAGUUCAAAAGGUUCCUAAAAACACUGAAAGCUGCUCCAACGAUCGUUACUAUCAGCAGAUCUUCCGAGUAUUCGCACGACGUUGUCGAUUUUAUUCAAGAAUCUGUCGUCGAUGCGCUGAAAAAUGUCUUUAAAGAGCAAAUUUGUGAUCAACCGGAACUUUUAUACUUGGAAGACGAAUAA